AUGUCUUCUAGGAAAGCAGUGACAAGCUUUUCCAUGCACUCCAUGAGGCACCUGUUGGUUCUCUCCUCUCUGUGCCCUACUUCGCUGAGGGCCCAUUACCACAACAGCCUGAGUGAAAUUGACCUUCAUAAUCUCAGCUAUCUGACCAUCGACAUCACCCGUCUCAAAGCAGGCCAUGUUCAGGCACAGAUGUUUGCAGCCUUUGUGCUCUGUCCGGCCCAAGACAAGGACGCCGUGAGACUGACGCUGGAACAAAUAGAUGUGAUCAGACGCAUGUGCACUGAGCACCAGGAGCUUGAGCUGGUCACGUCCACCGAAGAACUGGAGAAUGCUGAGAAGAGGCGUAAGAUAGCGUGUCUCAUAAGUAUUGAGGGAGGACACUCCAUCGACAGCAGCCUGCCAACUCUCCGGAUGUUUUACCGUCUUGGUGUCCGCUCCAUGACCAUCACACAUAACUGCAAUACACCUUGGGCAAAGACAUCUUCAAAUUUGUAUACUUUCUAUCAAAGUCUGGAUAACUGCCUGACAAGCUUUGGGAAGGCUGUGGUGGAGGAGAUGAACAGACUGGGGAUGAUAGUGGACAUCUCCCACACUUCUUGGGACACGGCCUCGGCUGUGCUGAACCACACUAAGGCUCCUGUUAUUUUCAGCCAUUCAUCCUCCUACUUCAUCUGUCGUAGCCAUCGCAAUGUUCCUGACUGGCUGCUGCACGAGCUGAAACAGAAUGGGGGGUUGAUCAUGGUGAAUUUCCACACCAAUUUUGUUUCCUGCGAAGACAAGGCUAACGUCUUUCAAGUGGCAGACCAUUUUGAUCACAUUAAGAAGGUGAUUGGAGCGGAGUCGAUCGGAUUUGGGGCGGACUUUGAAGGCGCUCCAACGUUUCCUCAGGGGCUAGAUGAUGUGUCGAAGUAUCCUCACCUGAUCCAGGAACUGCUGCAGAGGAACUGGACAGAAAACGAUUUGGCUAAUGUCCUUAGAAGGAAUUUCCUGCGAGUUUUUAGGGAGGUGGAGUGGGUCUGUGAUCAGUUAAAUGUCACCCUACCCAGUGAGACCCAGAUCCCUGCUAAGGGGGUCGAGAACCUCUGCAGACUGAACCUUAAGCUAGCUAGAAAAUUACAGCAAACUCCCUCCAGUCUCACCUUCAAUCUCCCCUCCGGUCGCACCUCCAGAGCCCAACGUGGAGCUGCAGAUCUGCUGAUCCUGGCUACUGUUCUGCUGCUUUCCAGCAGGUUUAUUGAUUGAAAAUUAAAAAAUGCACUUCUGCCAAAGUGACUUUCUUUUAAAGCGAUAAAUUUAAUCCUGUGUGAAUAACUAGAGGUCAUUGAGUUUUCUGUAGCCAUUUGGAGGCUGACACAUCACCCCACAGGUCUGCAAAGAUAAGGUGAUGGAUCAGAUUCUUACCACCAGUGCAACAUAAAAAAACAUUAGCACUUUCCUCCAUCUGGGAGGUCAUUUGACUUCUGUCUUUAAUUUCUAGGUGAAUGUGUGUUUCCAUCUCUAUGAACAAUUAUGAUAUAUAGGAAACUUUAAUAUUUAUAAAGUUGUUUGCAUAAGUUGUUUUAGUCUUUGCAUGUGAAAGCUUCUGUGACUGGAGGUGGGGUCACUAUGCUGGGAAUAAUGAGGGUAAACAGUUCUGUUAAGGAAAAUGAUUCAUUAUCAUAACAUUAAUAUCACACAAAUUAUGUAUUGCUGUAAUGGUAUUGUAUUAAAGGUUACAUCAAAGCAGUACAGGGGCAGUGUAACAUUAUGCACCUUCAUAAAAGGCAGUGUGCAUCUCAGUGACGGUUGUUUGGCCAAGCAGA